AGGAGAGCUUAAUAAGCACCCCUUUUUCUUUUCUUAACUUAAUUUUAUUACCAAUCAAAAUUGAUAUGAUAAAACUUUCUUCUCAUAUUUUGGGCUUUGUUUGAAAAAAGAAGAAAAUAUGGGAAGACAACCUUGUUGUGACAAAAUUGGCCUAAAAAGAGGUCCAUGGACAAUAGAAGAAGAUCACAAACUCAUGAACUUUAUUCUCAAUAAUGGUAUUCAUUGUUGGAGAAUGGUACCUAAGCUUGCAGGUUUGUUAAGAUGUGGGAAGAGUUGUAGAUUAAGAUGGAUUAAUUAUCUUAGACCUGAUCUUAAGAGAGGAGGCUUUACAGAAUUGGAAGAAAAUCAAAUCAUUCAACUACAUUCACGUCUUGGUAACAGGUGGUCUAAAAUAGCAGCCCAUUUUCCUGGUCGAACAGACAAUGAAAUCAAGAACCAUUGGAACACUCGAAUCAAGAAAAGACUUAAGGUACUUGGUGUUGACCCAAUAACACAUCAAAAAAUAUCAUCAUCAUCAGAAACAACAACAACAACUACUACUAAUGAUGAUCAUGAUCAUAAGAAUGAUCAAGAUGGUCAGUCUAAAGUAGAUGAUGAUCAAGUUGCAAAAUCCAACAAUAAUGAUGAUCAACAACAAAUAAGUACUAUUACUACUACUACUACUAGUAGUAGUACUAAUAUUCAUGAUCAUAGUAAUAAUGAUGAAGUAACAAAAUAUUAUGAGGAUGUUUUGUUGGAUAAUAAUUUUGAUGAUCAAUUGUUGGAGUUUCAAAAGUUUGAUUUUAGUACAUGGAUGAACCAAGAAAUUAUAAUCAACAACAAUGGUAGUACUACUCAUGUUGAUGAUGAUCAGAGUAGUACGUACUUGGAUAAUUCAUUGUUCUCAUGGGAAGUUUUUAAUAAUCAUCAUCAACUCGACCAAGAUCUUCUCUUCUUCAAAAAUUAUUAA